GAAUACUUCUAUCUUGUCAUAUAUUUUGAAAUACUGAAAACUCUGGAAGUCUGUUUGCAAAGUACUGGAGUUCCAAAACGAGGGCUCUCGAGACUCUUGCUGACAAAGUUUAAGGACUGUGUCGGAGCUAUUCUUCACUCUCUUCUUCAAAAGAAAAGCAAAUGAAGUACAGUCUGUGUUCCUAAAUGGUCUCUGGAAGAAGCCAGCUAUCCCUUUAAGCUUUUCUGCUUUUCCUGUUUACGUUGGCAAUUGGGUGGAAGUAUUGUGGAGGCAGAAAACUUUUUGGAAUGUUGAAAAAAAAGUUUCAUGCAAAUCUAGUAAAUUGCUUCAAGACUUCAGAAUUUGAACACUAAGGGGCGCCAGUUAUUUUUUUUUCUGAGGCGUGAGUCCGCAGGCACCACUAUUGACACGGGCAGUAAAUUUAUCAAAUCUGGUAGAAGACGCCAAAGAAUGACAAAAUACUUGUGGAUUUGUGCAGAAAUUAGCAGAGUACGGAAAGACAUGUAUAACGACACAUUAAAUGGUAGUACGGAGAAGAGAAGUGCAGAAUUACCAGAUGCUGUGGGACCUAUUGUACAGUUACAAGAGAAACUAUAUGUGCCUGUAAAAGAAUAUCCAGAUUUUAACUUUGUUGGAAGAAUCCUUGGGCCCAGAGGACUAACAGCUAAACAACUUGAGGCAGAAACAGGAUGCAAGAUAAUGGUCCGAGGGAAGGGCUCAAUGAGGGACAAGAAGAAGGAAGAACAGAAUCGAGGCAAGCCCAACUGGGAGCACCUGAAUGAAGAUUUACAUGUACUUAUCACUGUGGAGGAUGCUCAAAACAGGGCAGAAAUAAAGCUGAAGAGGGCUGUUGAAGAAGUAAAAAAGUUACUGAUACCUGCAGCAGAAGGAGAAGACAGCCUUAAAAAGAUGCAACUGAUGGAGCUUGCAAUUCUGAAUGGCACCUACAGAGAUGCCAACAUCAAAUCACCAGCCCUUGCCUUUUCUCUUGCAGCAACAGCCCAGGCUCCAAGGAUUAUUACUGGGCCUGCGCCUGUUCUCCCACCAGCUGCCCUGCGUACUCCUACGCCAGCUGGCCCUACCAUAAUGCCUUUGAUCAGACAAAUACAAACCGCUGUCAUGCCAAACGGAACUCCUCAUCCCACCGCUGCAAUAGUUCCACCCGGACCUGAGGCCGGUUUAAUUUACACACCAUAUGAAUACCCCUACACGCUGGCACCAGCUACAUCAAUCCUUGAGUACCCUAUUGAACCUAGUGGUGUAUUAGGUAUGGCUUUCCCAACGAAAGGCUAAGAAUUCAAGAACGGUCUUAACUGAUCCUUCAUCAGAUCUGAAUUUUAACAAAUGCUUAGUUUUCAGCAGCCUUGAAAAAAGCUUGGCCUAGCAGUCAGUGACUUACUUGCACUUUUUUGCACAUAGAUUUAAAAUAAAAUAGUGCUAUUAAUUUGGAUUAGGUCCUAUUAUUACAGAAUAGCUGUAAUUUAUGAGUGUAUAGUAGUAUACUGACUGCUAAGUGUUCUAUAUAGUGUUUGCUUUACUAAUCACCUAAUUCAUUGCAGUUCAUACUUAUUGACUUAAAGUUUAAAAUCACAAUCUGUAGGCUUGAAGAAUUGCUUUAAAACUUUUUUUUGUGGUAGAACUGGAAGUGAUUUUAAGGUUAGCAAAUAAUUGUCAGUAUUAAAGAUGGCAUUAUUUAAAAUAGUCCUGCUGCAAGAAAGGCACUUCAGUGAAUAUGUGACUAGUAAAGCUUAUAUGUGCUUGGGUCUAAUAGAUUUCAUGAAAUACUGUAAUUUUGGGAUUGUAAAUGAAUGGAUUAAACAGGUUAAGGCCAGGAUGUUUAAAAUAAAUGCAAUAUUAAUCUGCACAGAUAAACUUCUUUUUAAGAUUAAGAUUUGAAACUACUGUGCCUUAACUUGUUGCUUUUCUUAAAAUGAACUUUUGUAGUUAAUGAUCAUUUAAAUCCAUUUUGAUAAACCUGCUGUUAAUGUUUUCUGUGAAUGUUUUCUAACUUUUGUCUUGGUAAUUGCAAUUUAACUAGGUGCGGUGGCUACUAAAGUUCGAAGGCACGAUAUGCGUGUCCAUCCUUACCAAAGGAUUGUGACCGCAGACCGAGGUUAGUUUAGUUCUGCAGUUCUUGUUUGUAAGAAGUGCUUUGAGUGUACAUGAGAUUUGCAACACCACAGCUGGUUAACCAAAUACCCUGUCUUGACCCAUUCAUGAUUUUUCACAAAAACCUGGACAGUUAAAAUAUUAAAGCUUUGGGAAUGCUUGCAGUUAAAAAAAAAAAUACUAAACUUGGCUUUCCCAACUCAAUUAAAUAUAUAUACUUUGAUAUAUUUAACAGAAACUCUAUAACUGAUUCAGUUUUAAAAAUGAAACAUCUAUCUGCAUCAGGAAACGCUAUGAAAUCAGUGCUGCAAUAAUUAAUUUGGUCGUGUUCCCCUCUUCCCUCCCCGGUUUGUUCUUUUAAUUGGUGUGGAAAUAUCAGAUUGGUGUUGCAAAAUAACAUGAAUGGAUGGUUGCUUAAUGAGAAGGAAGUAAAGGAAUAAAUGCCUCCUGUCUGUGCUUGGAGAAAUCUGAAGAUUUAGAUUCCUUUUUUCCCAAAAAACCUUUGAGCCACUGUACUGUAUAUUAUGAGGAGGAUGCAUGUUCUCAGAUACCUAACUGAAUUCAGAAAGGUAAGGGCUGUGAAGAUAACUUCAAAAGUUGUUUGAGUUUGAAUUAGUGUGGGUAGGGGAAGGGAGGGUGUUUUGGUUGUUCUGGUUUUUGUUUGGUUUUGGGGUUUUUCCCCAAAAUCUAUUUCUCGGUAUUUGCCUUUUGCUGCUAAAAUGUGUAACCUGAAGGAGAAACAACUUUUGAAGACCUGUUGGUGAGAUGACAUCCAAUAUUUGGGCAUCUCUCUUUUAACUCUUGAAUGGAAAGUAAAUCUUCAUUUUUCUCCUGUUCCUCAAGUGUCAUGCCUUUGGACCCCUGAAUGACGUGUUUAAGCUUAUUGACAAAACUGAUAUUUUCGGUUUAUUGACAUUGGCUGGGAAGCAGUGUGGGGGAUGAGUUCUUAUCCCAUCUCUGCUGCUGACUCACUGUGGUUUUAAGCAAGUCAUUUAAUCUCUCUGUGUAUGGUUUCCCAUUGGUCAAAUAAGGAUAAUAAUACUUCCCUACCUCACAGGGGUGUUGUGGGGGUUCUUGUUUUGUACAGGGCUUUGGGGAUGCAAAAUGUUAUAUGCCAAGUAUUAUUAUUCUGCUCUCAUCCAAAUCAGUGUUGUGCAGGUUUCCAUGAUGAUGUAAUGUUCAAAAGCCAAAUUCCAGUGAAAGAUCUGGCAUCUAACAUUAACAUUGACUACACUUCUCACAACUUUCCAUAAAUUAACUACAAGAGAGAAUACAGAUUCUGGUCAAUACAGUAAAAGAAGCCCUCCUGGAUAUUUGGUAUAUUAAUACAACAUUUUUAUCUUUGAUGUGAUUUUAGGAUUUAAAGAAAGCGUAAAGCUGAUACAUGACACUACUUUAGUUUUCUGUAAGACUGUUUUCUAUCACUGCACACUGUUUGCAGCCCAUUGGCUUGUUCUCAUUUCUUGAGAACUCUUUAAUGAAGCAGCAGGAUAUAAUCAGUUGAAGGUCAUAGCCCAUGUUUAAAAAAAAAAAAAAAAAGAGUAAAGAAGAAAAUAGGUUUUAAUAUUUUCCUUUUUUUUUUUUCCCUUCCUAUCUCAGUCAAGAGAAAUUGGUGAUAAGGAUUUGGUUGUCUUUGAAAAUUUGACCUGAUGUUGCAGAAAUCAGGUUUUUGCUAAUGUUCCUUCAUGAAGCAAUGAUAGCAUCAGGUGACAGAUGUGGCUACCUUUUUGUGUAAUUAGACAUUUACCUGAGGCAAAUAGUAAAUACACUGAUAAAGUGAGGAUAGGGGCGUUUUCAUGGAGAAAAUACCAUUUUGAAGUUUAUCAUUGUAAUGUUUGCUCGACAUAGAUUUUAAAUAUUUUUGAAGGGCCUAGAUGUUUCAUCUGGGUCACUUAAAAGUAAUUUCAAUUAAUUACUGGCAUAAUUUCACCUUCUUUUAAAAUACAACCAUUUUCUGAUAGAACAGCAUUCAUCUCUAGCAAUAUAGGGAAACCCACUGUCUUAAGCAGAUAAAUAAAUACAUGUCUUUUUCCUGUGGAUUAAGUCAUGCCUACCUCUCUCUUAGGAAAGUCAUGCUGAUAUUUCAGGAGAAUAUUAUUUUAAAGUCUUAUCUAAAUAAUCCCUGUGUGUGUUAAGAAAUUUACACAAAGUUAAUUUUACAACUGAACAUAAUUGUAUUUUGAAUUCUAAAUCCUAGAUUAUCACUUUACAUGUCUAAAAGUUUCACAUAAAAGGUGUUGGAGACAACUUUGUUCAGCAAUAAAAAUUUCUUUUAAUCUACUAAAAAUAUAUUAUAGAAUCAAAAUACUAUCAGUAUUUUCCAUAACUCACCUAUUUGGUUGUUCUGUCACCAGGAUACUUCUAUAGCUAUGGCCACAAAAAGCAAUGUCAGCAAACCGAAAUACUUUUUUUUUCAAUGUGGAAAAUUUUUUACAUGGUUAAGUGUCACUAAGUCUAUCUUUGCAUUCAUUGGGUCUAAAGUUGCUGGUAUGUUAUUUUUUGGGGGUUUUUUUGUAAAUCUAAAUUGACUCUCAGAUGACUUUGUAGUACUACUGCAUUCACUUUUUAAGUAGUUUUUAUUCUUCGCAUAGUUUUGUGUUUUUGUUGGGGUUUGGUUUUUUUUUCCAGAGAUAAGCACUGCAUUUAAAGCAAGAAUCCCCAAAUGUGUAAAUGUUUUACAACUAAGCAUGUAGAAUUGGUGAAGGGUGGGAAAAUAUAGCUUAUUUUAACUCAGAAUAAACCCCCAGUUUAUAAAUAAUACAAAAUUGAAUUUGAUUCAUAUAACAGAGAGACUGACUGAUUUACUUGUAAUAAACUGUAAAUGGUGUUGCACAGUUGACAAACCUGUGUGUACUGUAGAAGGCCAGAGACUUGGCAGAGGAUGUAUCACAGGUGUACUGGUAUUUUUUAAAGGUAGCUUGCUUUGAUUUUAAACUCCACAAGAAAUAUUAAUGCUGAGAAUUUUCUGAAAUGUUUUAUCCAAACCAAUUUUCACAUAAUUUAUAUAUAAAUUUUAAUACCUUUUAAUCAAAAUUUUAAUGAGUAUCAAAAUGCUUUAAGAGUCUGUUUCUAGUAUACCUGUAAAGUGGUAAGAUUGUGCCACAUAAAAUAUUUAUUUUUAUUUUUUCUUCUCUUUAAAACAGCUGUUAUAAUUUAAGCAAAUCCCACUUAGCACAAUUCUGAAAAAAAAUUCAGGGAGCGUUUGGUCUCAUUUAUGUUACAGUAGUAAGUUUUUUGUAGUGUUAUGAACUGUAUCCUAAAUGAUAGGCCACUUUUAUUAUGUGAAAGUAAAUGAACCCACAAGAAAGAUUGUUAAAUCGAUGGUAUCUGUGAAUAUUACACCUACUGGACUUCAUUUUAUAUAAUGGCACAAAUCUGACUUUGCACUGAAUACCUUUCUCACUUUCAUCUCCUCUGCCUUAGUCAAAAUGGCAACAGUACAGAAACUUUAUCAACCUCAGAAUUUAUUAGCUCUAAUUAAGCUGUUGAAUGAGUCUUAAAAAAAAAAAAAAUCAUACUACUGUUAAGUGGACCAAGUUUGGUGAAGGAGAAUGCGAGAGAAUGAUUAAAGAAGGAAUAGCUCAAGAACAUUGGGAAUGAUAACUUUCCACUUGAGAACUUUCUUAUGUUUUACUGUAAUUUGUUUGUGGUUUUGGGUUUUAUUUUUUGUUUGUUUUGUUGUUGUUUUUUUCUUUUUUCCUUUUUUUUUUUUUUGCAAAAGAAAAUAGUAUUUACAGGUGGCUUCUUUUAAAAUAUAAAAAUAUAAAGCAGGAAUGUAUAUGAAAUGUCAGAUUUUAUUGUAUUUGCAGAGUAUUAGCUUUGAAAAUGAAUAAAGAGAGCUGUUUGUAGUUUUAAAAUGCCUUAUUAGUAUCAAUUAGAUAUUUUCUCUAUUUUUUCAUGUACUUAGAGCUUUUUAAGUAUAGACUUUAAAAUGGCAGGACUUUUACAGUGUUUACAUGCAAGUGCAUUUUAUAAGUGUCCUAUAUGUGUAAAAUAGUAUUUCGAAUGGGAAAAUGCUGGCUAUAGUAGCAGGCUGAGCGUUUUCCUGGUUUCCACGAUGAUGCCUAUGUUGCUAGACUACAGUUUAGUACUGCUUUGUAUCAUGAGGCCAAGAAAUUCCAUGUUGUUUGUAAAUAGAAUAAAUGAAAGGCAAUAAAAAAUUUAUUGAACAAAAA